GCCACUCAUUGAGUACUCAUUUCGAGUGAUCAAUAAGUGGUGGGAGCGGGUACCAGACAAAUUCUAAGUUCAAGUUGAUUGGAGAAUUACCGGUGUGAUACCUUAAACCAAAUAGAUAAGAACUGAGUGGAUAUUGCUUCUAGGAAUCAUUUUGAUGCAGUAAGAAUAAUUUGCAGAAUUAGUAGAACGACGUGAACUAGGGUAGACGAGAUUCAAAAUGGAGGAAUAUAUGUCCACGCGCUAAUAUUCGAAUCGACGCCAUUGGUACCAAACUUUCCAAGUUCCUUAGGGUGAUAACAAGAUGCACUUUUCAAUACCACUGGUCCUCACAUGCAUGUUAAUCGUAGGUUGUGGGAAGAAGGAAAAUAAGUGUGCUCGCAUCGCACACACUACUGCAGUAGAAGUCCCAGACUGUCCUCGGGAUAAAGAUCAGCAUGAGAAGAGAAAACAGUUAAAAGAGUGUGAGAAGUGGACGUCGUGGUGUAGUAAAACUACUUACCACUGCGUUGUCAGUCCACACAUGAAUGCCACAAUAGAGACGUGUGCACCUGAAGUUCUUAUAAUUGGUCGCAAGUGUGCUGAGAUUAAUAAAGGGGAUAGACCAAUCCAACGUAGCAACCAUCAAAACGCAAGAUGCAUGGAAUGUCCCCCAAAUUACUACCUGUCCACCGAUGCAUACAAAUACCCAGAGUGCUAUGACGCUGUUGAAAGGAAGAAAUCAAAUGAAAAUGUAGCGGCGGAACCUGGAUUUAAUUACUGGAUUUUAGGAGGGAUUGCGUUUGCUGUAAUAGCUGUAAUAGCUAUAAUAGUAUUUGUUGCCAUCUUUUUGUUGAGGAGGAAAAAACAAGCGAAAAGGAAAGCUAACGCAAGUGAAAGAAGACCGAGUACACGUGAGCAGAGCCAGGCAGAAACACGAGACAAUGACGAAAUUUUCCAACUGGAGGAACAGAUAGGAUCUAAUGAGCAGAACCACGCUGCGGUUGAUGAACAUCAUGACAAUGGAAAUUCCGCAGAGUGUGAUGCAGAGGAAAUUUCUGCUGAUGAAGCAAAAAGUAAGGUGAUGCCUUUGCUAGGCAAACCAUCUACUGCUGUACAAAAACGAAAAUUACAGUUUAAAAUCGGAAGCCGUAGAUAUGUGUCAGAGUCAGCUGCAGACUUAUACAAAUCAUCAAAAAGUGAGUUGAUGCCUUUGCUAGGCAAAACAUCUACUGCUGUACAAAAACGAAAAUUACAGUUUAAAACCGGACGCCGUAGAUAUGUGUCAGAGUCAGCUGCAGACUUAUACAAAUCAUCAAAAAGUGAGUUGAUGCCUUUGCUAGGCAAAACAUCUACUGCUGUACAAAAACGAAAAUUACAGUUUAAAACCGGACGCCGUAGAUAUGUGUCAGAGUCAGCUGCAGACUUAUACAAAUCAUACAAGCCGUCAUCAACAGAACUGAUUUACAGUAGAGUAAAUAAUGAAGAUGGAAGGAGGAAAGAAGGCAUUGUCAACAAGGGAUGGAAAAGAACUCGGUGCAAAUCAGAAUCGGAUGCACAAAAUAGUGUCAAGGAAGCAGGUAUUGUACUACAAUAUUACAAUAUAAAAAGGCAAACCAUGAAUGAAAUAGUAAAAUAUAGCUUAUUUUUCAUUUUUAAUACAUUGAGUCUUAUUUCCAGAGAGAAAUUACAACAAUUUAGCAUAGUUAUUAUAAAUAUCGAGGAUACUUUCCGAAAGAUAUUUAUUUCUUAAAAAUCAAAGUUGAGGAUUAAGUCAUAUCAUGGUGAACAUUUACUCGUGUUACACAUGAUUUAUCUUAGUGUUUGCAGACGCUACGUUGUCAUUUUAUACCAACGUUUUCACAGAGAGAAGACCAUUCCAAUGAUCAUGACGGCAGCGGAGUCAAUAUGAACUCAAAACAGUUACGGGAUACUUAUGUCAAACACCAUUGGCGAUGAUCUAAUUAAGCUUGAUAACUGUUGAAAUACUUUUUGAUUUUACAGAAUGUAUUAAGAUUGUCACAAUUGUAUCCGUGUUCUAUAUAAUGGUGACUGAUAAAAGUGGCUACAUAUUGUCCAUUUUUACUGCAAGGGGUUAAAAUGGUCUCCGAAAAUAUCUAUACAUAUCUACAUUCAAUUCGCAAACUAUUACCACAUACAAUUACUCCUAAAUUCUCUUUACAAUACUCAGGUGUGAACCUAUUGAACAAACUUAUUUUGUUUUUUUUUCAGUCUAACAUAGUUUUCAAAAUAAUGUAGAAAAAUACAUUAUCAGCUGUUGAACUACUAUUUAAGCAUGGUUUAUUUUCUUAGCACAAACAUUUUCUAUAAAUUUUUGUUUUUAACUGCAUUUGGAACUAUCUUUAUUUUGUAAUUGUUUGUUAUCGAUAUAUGAUAUAUAUAACAAAUACAGUUAAUUGGGUUUUGUGACAUGUGCUUAAAAUGUAUCUCUGUAUAAUUAUAUAUUUGUAUGUAUUUGUAUGUAUCAAGUGAGAUAAUUGUAUUGGAUGUGAUACAGGGAACUGAUUUUUGUUACAUGCUCUUGUGAGACACAUUCAAUGAUUAAAAUGUAUAUCUGUU